AUGGAAUCUCGAGAUCUUUAUCAAAAUAUGAAUGAUCCUUAUCGACAACAACAACAACAACAGCAACAACAACAACAUGACCAAACUGAAUUAUAUGAAUAUGAUAAUGCACAAAAAUCAUCUAUACCUGGUCUUGGAAAUUUAUUAAAUUCAAAAACAUCCGAAGCAUUACAACGUGCACCGAAUUUACUCAAUUCAUUACCAUCAAAUGUAAAUCGUACAUUAUUAUUUGCCAAACUUUUUUAUUUUUGGUAUUUUGCUGCAUUUGGUUCUCUUUUUCCAUUGAUGUCAAUUUAUUUCAAACAAAUGGGUAUGGGUCCAUCAUAUUGUGGGAUUCUCAUGGGCUUUCGACCAUUUGUUGAAUUCGUUUCGGCACCAUUUUGGAGUGUUGUAUCUACACGUUUUCGACAAGCAAAAAAUAUCUUAAUUAUGGCAAUUUUAUCUUGGAUUAUUUUUACUGUAGCUAUUGGUCUUAUUAAACCACCACCACAUUCAUGUUGGAGAGAAAUGAAUUCAACUCAUCAAGUUAUUGAACGUGUAGGAUAUGCAACUAGUACAAUGAAAUCAACGAUUAGAGUAAUUGGUAAGCGACAAGUAACAAAAUUACCAACAUCUCCUUUGAAUACAAUAAAAGAAAUAGUUGAUCGUCAAAAUCGAAUUAUGAAUUCAACUAUAGCAACAAAAACUACAUUAGCAUCGUCGUCUCGACGAAGAAAAACAACAAUUAAAACAACAAUUAAAACGACGACUUUAUCUUCAAAAUUUGAUGAUGAAGAAGAUGAUUCUAUUGAAAGUAGUGAAGAAGAUAAUCCUGUUAAUGAAAAAAGUCGAAUUAAAUCAAAACCAGAUUAUAAACAACAAUCAAACCCGAUUAAUUUAAUAUCAAUAAGUAAACCUCAAAAAUCUAUGGGAAAUCCAUUAUCAAUAAUGCAUACAAAUUUAUCAUUAGUUAAACCACUUGCAUCACCUAUACUCUAUGAAAAAAAAGAUGUUCGCAAUGUUUUUAUGGUCUUUUUAUUACUCAUUAUUGUUGGAGAAUUUUUUAGUGCACCAGCAAUAACAUUAGCUGAUGCAUGUACAUUAUCUUAUUUGGGUCAAGAUACAGAAUUAUAUGGACGUCAACGUAUGUUUGGUAGUUUAGGUUGGGGUUUAGCUAUAUUUAUUGUUGCUACUAUACUUGAUCAAUCAAAAUCACUUACAUUUCAUGCUUGUGGUACAAGUGGACCACUUGAAAAAAAUUAUACAGUUUGUUUUGCUGCAUUUAGUGUUUGUAUGACAUUUGCAUUAAUAAGUGCAUCUCGUUUUGAAUUUUCCUAUGAUAAAAAUGAACAAUUACCAUUGCGUACAUUAAAUGAUGAUUUAAAAAAGAAAAUAUCACCAACAACAAAAAAUUUGUAUCCAAAUGAAUCAAAUAAUAUGAAUAUUAAUCAAUAUGAAACAUCAAAUACAAUAAAAUUAAUGCAAAUUAUACAAAUAUUUCUAACAUUAAAAAAUGGUACAUUUCUCUUUAUAACAUGGUGGAUGGGAUGUGGUGUUGGUCUUGUAUUUACAUUUCUCUUUUGGCAUUUACAAGAUCUUGGUGGUUCACCAACACUUUUCGGUGUUGCUUCGGUUAUAAAUCAUACAAGUGAAUUAUUGGCUUAUUUUUUCUUACGCGAACUUAUUCAACGUUUUGGACAUAUAAAGAUUCUUUAUUUGGGUUUAUUAGGAAAUUUUGUUCGUUUUGUUUAUAUAUCACUCAUUACAAAUCCAUGGUGGGUAUUACCAUUUGAAUUUAUACAAGGACUUACACAUGCAGCUGUAUGGGCAACAGCAUGUUCAUAUUUAUCUCAAGCUGUACCAGAAAAUUUACGAAUAUCCUGUCAAGGUGUAUUACAAGGUUUUCAUUUUGGUUUUGGACGAGGUUGUGGAGCUUUAUUUGGUGGAUUUUUUGCUUCAUAUUUUGGUACUGAUAUAACAUUUCGUGCAUAUGGAAUAAUCUGUUUGAUUUUUAUGGGUUUAUUUACUUAUUUUAAUCGACAUUGUCAAGAACAAGAAUUAUUAAAUGGUCAACAAAAAAAUUUAACUAUUGAUGAUUCACAUCAAUUCGUUGGAAAUUCUCCACGUCUUGCUCCACAUGGUGCACCAGCAAAUCCUAAAUGGCAAACAAAAUUUGCUUCAGGUUUAACAGCCGGUAUUAAAGAAGAACAAAUUUAUCCACCACCGAUAAAUACAUCAAAAAUGGUAUGA